AGCAGCGCGAACGCAGACGGGUUACAAUGUCACUGGAGAAAUGUCAAAGUGAAUGGACUGAAAUAGAGCAAGAACAUCAACAAUUACAGGAAACUCACAAAGUUUACAGACAGAAACUGGAGGAGCUGACUAACCUGCAGGCGAUAUGCAGCAGUGCCAUUAGCAAACAGAGAAAAGGCCUGAAAGACCUCAAGCAAAGUCUUCAUAAGAGUGUGAAAACCUGCAAUGAAAAGGAAUCAGAAGUGGUAAAUGACCUGCAGGUCCAAAUUAAAGAAAGGCUAAAUGUCUUUUUUGACAUGGAAUCCUAUUUGCCAAAGAAGAAUGGAUUGUACUUAAAUUUGGUCCUUGGAAAUGUUAAUGUUACGCUCCUCAGCAACCAAGCAAAGUUUGCAUACAAAGAUGAAUAUGAGAAGUUCAAACUUUAUAUGACCAUAAUACUAAUGUUUGGUGCCGUUACUUGUCUUUUUCUUCUAAACUACCGGGUUACAGAUGAAAUCUUCAAUUUCUUAUUGGUGUGGUAUUAUUGCACUCUGACAAUAAGGGAGAGUGUCCUUAUGAGCAAUGGCUCCCGAAUUAAAGGCUGGUGGGUUUCACAUCACUAUGUCUCAACCUUUUUAUCAGGUGUUAUGUUAACAUGGCCAGAAGGUCCUAUGUAUCAGAUGUUCAGAAGUCAGUUCCUGGCUUUCUCCAUCUAUCAGAGUUGUGUGCAGUUUCUUCAGUAUUAUUAUCAGAGCGGAUGCUUGUAUAGGUUACGAGCUCUGGGCGAAAGGAACCAGCUGGACCUUACAGUGGAGGGAUUUCAGUCAUGGAUGUGGAGGGGGCUCACGUUCCUUCUUCCAUUUUUAUUUUUUGGCCAUUUUUGGCAGUUGUACAAUGCUGUGACCCUUUUUAGGCUGUCUGCCCGUGAUGACUGCAAGGAAUGGCAGGUGUUCAUGUUGGCCUUGACGUUUAUCGUCUUGUUCCUGGGGAAUUUUCUCACCACUCUGAAAGUGGUCCGCCAGAAGCUCCAAAAGAACAAAGAAAAGAUCAAAAAGAACUGAUGCUGGAAGAUUUCAUACCCAACGAGGUCAGAGUGGAACUCGCAGAACUGAACUACAAAGCGCACAAAACUGUUUCGUCUUUUGAGUGUUGUCCCACAAGCUGUUUGGAGUUGGAGUCAAAUGUUGACGUCUCUCAAACUCAUUUUGACGCGACAGUGGAAACUCGAGAUUAUGUCACUUUGCCCAUUUUUCUGCCGUGUUUUUGCUUUUUUUAAUUUUUGGGUUAGGUACCACUGUUAACCUUCAAUGUUUCAAACACUGUAUACUUAAUAAGUGAGAAGAAUUUUAUUUUGUUCCUGUGCAUGAAUUUGUUUACAAAAAAAUACAUUUUAACUGCGGAAAAUCUGCAGAAAUGCAGAUGCUCGGGUCAUUGGUGUCUAGAAGGGAUUUGUUCUUUAUGGUUAAUAAAGAUGGAUAGUGAUGAAAUUAUAACGGAAUAAAUGUUUGUGCUCACACAAGGCUUUUAAACGGGAGCAUAUGCUCAUGUAUUUUGUAUUGUGAGAAUUUUUAUAAGGGACAAGUUGUGUUUUGCACGUUAAGGCUUGUCAGUAGUGUUGAGCAAGUCAAAAUUCUUGAAUCAAGGUCACAUGACAUUUCUUGACACCUUAAAAAUAUGGUUUUGUUUGUAUUUAAUUAUUGAUAAUGAUGGCAAUAAAGCUCCAUUAACACUUUAAAGUACAAUUGAAUCAGAAAUUAGCAUUUCUCUAUUCUCUUGCCUUGUAGUUUGCACCAGUUUGGUAGUUGUACUGUAUUUAGAGGCAUAGACAUGCUAAACAAUAUCAUGCAUAAUGUGCUGUUUUCCACCAAAUAUGAGUGGAUACUGUUAUAAUUACAUCUACUGUAAUAGGACUAAUUGUUUUUCAAGAGUGUAUGUUUUUGCUGGCAAAUGUAAUUUAAUAUGUACUUUGACCAUGUAAAAUGUCAAAGUAAAGAAUUAGUCAUUUUGGCCAAAUAAUGCAAGAUUUGUUAAUGGAUAGUUCAUUUAUUUGGCCUCAUGUUGUUAUAAAACCCAUACAACGUUCUUCCACACUAAAGUAGCUUUUGGGCACUGUUGCAUUUUUUAAUUUUUUUUAAACAAUGAAAGUGAAUGGUGAUUGAGACCAAUAAUAUGCCUAAUAUUUCUUUGGGUUCCACAAAGGAAGAAAAGUCAUACUAGUUAGGAACAACAUGAUGGUGAGUAAAUGAUGACAGAAGUUUCAUUUUUGGGUGAACUAUCUGUUUAAUCAUUUGCCAUCGGGGUAAUUUGUCACGCUGACAAAACCUUCUUCCGACAUGAUAUUACAGAGACAAGUAAAAAGGAGUUGCUGGAAUAUUUGUUUGCCUUAAUGCUGUCUGUUCACCUAUUCUCAUCUUGUUCAGUUUAGUCCAAAAUCCAAGUGUCAUGUAUAAGAUCCAUAAUUUGUAACUGUAAGGGAAAGCUAAUAAAAAAGAUUUCUCAUGUUUGGAAAUAACUUUUCCAGAGGGCUGAUUAGAUGCCAAGCUGAAUUUCCAUUUGCUACCUAUUGCUAUAUAAGGCAAAUAAAAUUAAUCUGAUGCAAUCUCAGUGGCCU